CCCGCCCCGCCCCCACCGUCGCUGCCACAGGCUCUCGAGGGGAGGCGCGGCCCGAGCCGUUCCCGGACGGGCGGGGGGGCGCUGGGCCACCGCGUCUGGCCUGAGCACCGCGACGCUGCUGCCCCGAAGUCCUCCCGGAUCUUGAGGCGUAUGGAAUCUCAAGGUCUUUGUGAUAAUGGAAACCAAAAAAUUGAUUGGUAAACCGCUUCAACCAGCAAGACCUGUUCGUCAUCUGACUUCUCCCCCUGGAGCAGUAUUCCCAUUUAACUUUCAGAAUGAAUAUCCAUGCAACACUCAGUGCUUACAAAGUGGAGUUAGCAGAUGUAAAACGAAUGGAAUGCAAGCCUUUUCUCAAGGUCUUAAUGAACAACAACAUCAGUCUUCAGUUAAAAAAGAGAGAAUCAAAUACAGCAGAGAUUUCCUGUUGAAGCUCUCAAGUGUUUCUAUCUGCAGAAAAAAACCAGACUUUCUACCUGAUCAUCCCAUUGUACUUCAAAAACCAGAAAACAACCAAAGCUUUAAGUAGCAUUUUAAGAACAUAUAUAUUUGAAGAUAAAGAAUUAUUCAUAUUUUGGACACCUGCAAAUGAAGUGGAUCUAGCAACAAUAACUAUAAUGGACUGUGACAAUUCAAUGUAUUUUUAAUUUUGAUGGCUGGGAAUUUGGUUUCUCCUAAAAUGAGAAAGAGAUACUUUAAACUAUAAAGAAUUUUCUAAUCAGUUUCAGCUUUACAGGCAGUUUCCUGCAUAAAUUGAGACAUUAAUUUGGUUAGUGAAAUGGGAAGACUGGAAGUAAGAAUUUGGUUAGUGAAAUGGGAAGACUGUAUUUAUAAUUUGCAUGCUACUUGCAAAUUUUUCAUCACUUGUAAUAAUGGAAUGUAAGCUGUAAAGAUGCUCAAAUAUAAAGUAUUUGCUACAGUGUAUAUAUGAUACAUAAUUUCUUGUGGCUUUUAAAGUUGCUUUUGUUGUUUCCCACUGAUUUCAUACCAGCAUUUGAAAAGAACUUUCCUAUUUCUCUAGAGGCUCAGAAUAAUUCAGGAUGUUCAAUACUUAGUUCUCAAUAACAGGAGGGAGAACAUUUUUAAAAAGGUAUUUCUUUUCAAAUAUAUGAUCUAUCUCUAGGUUUGUGAUAAUACCAACAUUGUCAAAGAUUGUUUUAUUGCCAAAAGAGGAAAAAUUUGGGCAUUUAUAAAUAAUUGAGGUACAUUAAGUUUUAAUUCUGUAAUUUCUUAUAACAAGGACAUAUAUGGAUGAAGAAUUUGGGAGUUUAAACUUUUAGCUCCCAGAAAUUUUUAUUCAAUAUAUCUCCUGCAGUUUGUCACUCUGGAUGCCACUCGUUAAAAAAAUAAAAGUUUCUUCCAGCACAGUGCCAAAAAUUUUGCUGAUAGAAAGGUAAGUGUAAACUCUCAGUAGUUCUGUUCUUUCAGGUUCUCUCAGAUCUCAGGUCUACUGGCAAGGCAUUCAAGGGCAUCAUUUGGCAGAAAGUUUAUCUUAAACUGAAUUCUGAACUCCUAAAACCAGUACCUUUUUCUUCACUGGUCUCGGGGCUUGUUAUCCAGAUCAAAAUUUAGUCCAUGGCAGGUUGCCCCUCUUGGUCUUUAGUAUACUACUUUUGAUUGCUUUGUUCCCUAGAAAAAGAUUUCUUUUAAAAUAGGGGAUAGAAAAGCUUCAUUAGCAAUAAAUCUAUUGGUUAUUUUAAGAUUACUUUAUACCUACAGUGUAGUUUUUUCAUUUGUUUUUGCCCUAUUUCCCUUAAUAUUAUAGGCGCCAUUAUUUAUAUGUGUAUGAAUAUAAACACACACUCUCAUAUACAUACAUAAACUACAUGUAUAAUUUAUGUAAGAGCUGGGGUCAUCUCAAAAAAUAUAAUAAAAAAAGAGCUGUGUUCAGAAUUACCAUGUAAUUAAAUUGGUUUGCUUUAUAAUUU